AUGGCUGAGGCUGUUGCCGGUCUCAGCCUUGCGGCGACUAUUCUCCAGGUCCUCGACUUUGGCAAACAAUUCCUUUGCGCGGCAUGGGCCAUUUACCGGUCUAGAGCCGAGGGUAUCGACCUCCUUUCCGAUCUGCAGAGCAUCACGAAUGACUUCGACUCCGUUCUCGGGGAACUUGAAGGGGGUGCUGCUCGGGAUCGUGCUCUGCGCUCAGCAAAGGGCGAUGAUGAUGGCAUCUUCUUGUUGGCCGAAAAAUGCGCAGCCGUUCUGAGUGAGAUGCUGCAGUCACUGGCAAAGAUCGGGGCGCCCGGGAAGGGCCGCAAGCGCGAUGCCGUCAAGACGGCCUUUAAGCUCGCGUGGAAGAAGGACGACAUCGAGACCCUUCAAAAGCGGCUGGAGCAGUUCCGAGACGAACUAAACCUCCAUUUGGUCUUCUCGCUCAGACUCUGGUCGGCGCCAUAUACAACGGAUCGGAAGUAUCAGACAAUACACCGGCUUCGAACAUUUAUCUCUCGGAUCGUCGGAGAGAGAUGCUACAGCAAAAUCAUAGCCAGGCUCUACUAUCGCGGUAUGCAAGACAGGGAACAUGGGAUUCUGCAAGCUCACGAGAAAACCUUCCGGUGGGUGUUCGAAGACAGCGGCCAGGUUUCUGUUCCCUGGUCGGACCUGAAAGAAUGGCUCGCAUCGGACAAUGCAAUCUACUGGAUCACCGGAAAGGCCGGAUCUGGCAAGUCAACCUUGAUGAGAUAUAUAUCUCAACCAAUCCCCAAUCCCGGGGAGGAGGAGACGAUGGCGAUCCUUCCGAGUCCCAUGACCCAUCAGCCUCGGUGCGCUCAGUAUCUGAAUAAGUGGGCCGGUGAUGAACUGCCGCUCAUAAUGGCAUCAUUCUACUUCUGGGCUGCCGGAUCGUCCAAGACCCAGACGUCACAAGCCGGCCUCUUUCGCAGCAUCCUAUAUCAACUCCUCAAGGCAUCUCUCGAGUCCAUCCCCGUGAUAGCGCCCAGUCGAUGGGAAGCAUUGUCUCUGUUUAACGAAGACCCGAGGGACUUUACUGAGGGGGAGCUUGGUGAGACGCUUUGCCGGGCUGUCAAGCACAUUGCGGCGACGUCGAAAGUUGCUCUGUUUGUGGAUGGCCUGGACGAGUUUGAGGGAAAUCCGGGAACACUGAUUGCGAUAAUACGCCGCCUCACCUCGAGUUCUCCCAUCAAGAUGUGCGUCUCGAGUCGUCCUUGGGCCGAGUUCGAGGACGAAUUCAGGAGCAAACCAAACCUCAGGCUCGAAGAUCUCACCCAGUCGGACAUCAAGAACUAUGUCGCGGCCAAGCUCCACGAGAAUACAUACUUUGCCCAGCUCCAGGCCACGCAGGGCAAAGUUGCAGAACAGCUUAUCGGUUCCAUCGUCGAGAAAGCGUCUGGCGUCUUUUUGUGGGUUCAACUCGUCGUUGCCUCGCUGCUAGAAGGCCUGCGCAAUGGGGAUCGGGUCGAAGACCUUGCGAGAGCCUGGCACUCCUUCCUGUCGAGUUGGAAGACCUCUACGGAAGGAUUCUGGACCAGAUUGACCCAUUAUACCGGGAACAUGCCUCGCAGUACUUCCAGCUGA